AUGGCUGAAGACGCUGUCUCCCCCAAGACCACCACCAACGGUACAGCCCCCGAUGCCGGUACGGUUGAGGAGCACCAGCUCACCCUUCGUGCUCUCGUGAGCACCAAGGAGGCCGGUAUCAUCAUUGGCAAGGCCGGCGCGACCAUUGCCGGUAUCCGAAACUCUACGGGCACCAAAGCUGGCGUCUCCAAGGUCGUCACGGGUGUCCAGGACCGUGUCCUCUCCAUCUCGGGUGACCUCGAGCAGGUCGCUACCGCCUACUCGGAAAUCGCUCGUCUCCUCCUCGAGACUCCCCUUUCCGACUCCUCCCUUCCCCCUCCUCCCGUCGGCGCCUUCACCUCGGUCCGCCUCCUCGUCAGCCACAACCUCAUGGGCUCCAUCAUCGGCCGGUCUGGACUCAAGAUCAAGGAGAUCCAGGAUCUCUCGGGCGCGCGCAUGGUCGCGUCAAAGGAGAUGCUUCCUCAGUCGACGGAGCGGAUCGUCGAGGUCCAGGGAUCCGUCGAGGCCAUCAAGACGGCGUUGCUGGAGAUUGGCAAGUGCCUCAUGGAGGACUGGGAGCGUGGACAGGGAACGGUCCAGUACCACCCCGGAGCGGCGGGCGAUGCGGGCGUUCUCGCAGGCGGUCUCGGAUCGGGAACCGUCACUGGUCCCACCGGUGGGAUCAGGCGUACCAGCGUCCAGGCUGGCUUUGGCGGUGCGCCCUCCAGCGCCCCCAACGGCGGCUUCUCGGACCGUCGGUCUAGCCGUCCCAGCGUUUCUGCUCCCUCGGGCGAGCGUAGGGUCUCGCAGCCCGCCCCGCAGCCCGAGCUGGCCGCGGACGACCCAAACCUCCGCACCCAAAACAUCUCCAUUCCCAGCGACAUGGUCGGAUGCAUCAUUGGCCGUGGCGGUUCCAAGAUCACCGAGAUCCGUCGUCUUUCCGGCUCCCGCAUCUCUAUCGCCAAAGUCCCCCACGACGACUCUGGAGAGCGCAUGUUCACCAUCGUCGGUACCCCCGAAUCGACCGAACGCGCCCUCAUGCUCCUCUACUCGCAGCUCGAGGCCGAGAAGGAACGCCGCGUCAACCAGGGCAACGGCACCGACGCCUAA